GGGUUCCCAGCGAGGGCCUUUAGCGUGAGUGGCGCGGGGGUGUCCCCUCCAGUAGCCCUAAGAAACCAGUAGUCACCAAGGACAGGACUGGAAAACAGCGGGUUCUCUUUCACAGCUUACCCAGUGUCCCAUUCCCAAAUUUGCUUUAUUCGUUUCUUGCAUGGACUUCAGCAGAUGCUCUUUGUCCAGAAUGAGGCAUUGUGAAUUUAUGUGAGGAGAUCGAGCUAAAAUCAAGAGGAAGACAGCUCUGUGCCUGCUUCUUGGUGGGAGUUUUUUUCAAGGAACAUGGAGGAGUGAGCUCCCUGCAGUUUCUUGAGUUUCUCAUUUAUCUGAUUUUGCCAUGAUCAAACGUUUGGUGGAAGAUGUGCGAGCCAGGCUGCGCUCUGGAGUGACUAUCAGCUCCGUGGGGCAGUGUGUUGAGGAGCUUGUCCUCAACAGCAUUGAUGCCAAAGCAACAUGUGUUGCUAUCAGGGUGGAUCUGGAAGCUUUUAAGAUCCAGGUGGUGGACAAUGGUUCCGGGAUGGGGAGAGAGGACUUAAAUGCAAUGGGAAAGCGGUACUUCACCAGCAAGUGCAGCUCAGUGGGAGACUUGGAGAACCUGACAUUCUACGGCUUUAGAGGGGAGGCUGUGGCGAGCAUAGCCAACAUGGCCACUGUAGUGGAAGUCUCAUCUAAGACCAGCAGGACAGCAAAAACAUUUGUGAAACUAUUUCACAAUGGGCAAGCACUGGAAGUUUGUGAAGCUGAAUUGAGCAGACCAAGUGGCGGAACUACGGUGACAGUGUGUAAUCUGUUCUAUCAGUUACCGGUGAGGAAAAAGCGUAUGGAUCCUGUGUUGGAGCUUGAGAGAGUGAGACAUAAAGUAGAGGCUAUUUCGCUGAUGCAUCCUUCUGUUUCACUUUCUUUAAGGAACGAUGCUGCUGCUUCUAUGGUGCUUCAGCUCCCUAAGACAAGAGAUAUAUAUUCUCGGUUUUGUCAAAUUUACGGACUGGGCAGGUCACAGAAGUUACGAGAAAUAAAUCAUAAGUCUGGGGGAUUUGAGCUAAGUGGUUAUAUCAGCAUUGAAGGACAUUACAAUAAGAAUAUGCAGUUCUUGUAUGUGAAUAGAAGGCUUGUUUUAAAGACAAGACUACACAAACUGAUUGAUUUUUUAUUAAGAAAAGAAAGUGUCAUCUGCUGCAAGGCAAAAAGUGGCCCUGUGAGCAGACAGGCUGGUGCAAGUGCUGGUCGCUAUCGCUGUGUUCCAGAGUUGUAUGGGAUCUUUAUUCUCAACGUGACUUGUGCAUACAGUGACUAUGAUGUGUGUCUAGAACCUGCAAAAACUCUAAUCGAGUUCCAGAACUGGGAUGUUCUUCUAACUUGCAUAGAGGAAGGAGUGAAAGUGUUUUUGAAACGAGAACAUUUAUUCGUUGAACCGUGUGGUGAGGACAUCAGAGAAUUUAAUGAGGAGAAUAACUUUUGUUUGUAUAAUGCUCCAGUUUUGAAGCCCUCACUCUCUGACAAGAAGAGCACCCAAGACAAUUUUAAGAAAGCAUGUGAUGAAAUUGCAGAUUCCUAUGAAAUGUGCAGCUUGCAAUCAAAAGAUGUCAAAAGGAAAUCCAUGUCGGGGAAAAAAUCCUUGAGUCUUAUAGAGUCAAAUAAAAAUCUACAGGAAACUGAGAUGGCCCCGUAUCAGAAGAUUGCUGAACCAUCUGAUCUGUGUAGAAAUAACCAUGUGGAGAUUCCACUGCCCAGCAAGGAUGACACAGCUUCUGAUUUCAUUGUAUCAAAUAUCUCAGAACAGGAGCCAAAAGACACCAACAGUUCCCAAAAAUCAUCUGAUACUCAUCUGAAACCUUCAGAAAAUCUUUGUUCCUCUUUUAGUGGAGGGGCCAUAUCAGAAACAAGAAAAAUAGUCAGUUGUGGUGACCUGCAGCAUUCUGCAGAGAAUUACAUAAAAGAUAUGGGAAGCAAGCAAGGGAAAGUAGUGGAGAAAAGAAAUACGGUCUGUAUCUUAAACAAUGAUGUUAUUCGGUCACCAUCUGAGAGAGAAGACCUUACCGAAACAGCAAUGGGAACUGAAACUGUCUCUGGAAGUUCAUUGAUGAGGACAGGAGACAGGGAAACUGCUGAAGUGAUAGAUGAUGCUGGACGAGGCGCCGUUAGUUCCGUGCCAUUAAAAUCGUGCUCUACAAGCGUCAUAAAACAUGUUACGCAAAAUCAGCCCACACAUGCAUGUGAACAAACAGAAAUGAAUCUUUCAUUAAACACGCAGUGUAGACCUGGCCCUAUCAGAACCCAGGAUACUUUUGGCCACAAAGUGAGUUUUUUAAUUCAGUCUUUAAAUGCUAAGGAUAUUUCCAGUAAUACAAGUGAAGAAUAUACACCUCUUUUGACCAGAGAAGUAUGCAUGGCUGAUGGUAGUGAGCGGUCAGAGAACAAAACAUUUCCAAAUCAGGUGAGUGAGGGGAUAACUAUGCCUAUUGCUACCAGUAAAAGACAUUAUAAGACAUUGAAUGUUACAGGAUUGCCAGAGGCAACUUCUUCAUGUGUUCCUCACAAUAAAAUGAUAAAAAGCACUAGAAGACAAAUAGCUCUGCCGAGACCUCAGCCCCCUAAGAAGCUGAGCUUGUGCACACAGCUGGGUUCGUUAGAAAAGUUCAGGAGAUACUAUGGGAGAGUCAGGUGUGUGCUACCAACACCGUUGUCAGAGCAGAGUGAAUUUGGUCUCCCUGUUUUUAAUUCACAAGCUAAUUGUGGCUUUUCAAAGAAUGGAAAUGACAACCAUGGUAGUGUGAGCACUUCUGAAACUCCAACUUUGGAAGAUACAGAUCCUAGUAAUAGUAUCCAAGUUUUUGAUGCUUUGGAAGAGACUUCAUUAUGCAGUGGAGAAACUUCACAGGACAAACAGGCCCUUUGUCUAAGUCCAUUGACAUCGUCUGAUUACUCUCAGGUUAGUAAAAAAAUUAUAAGAUGUAGAAAAUCUCCGGGAUCAUUAUCAUCCAAACUGUCCAGACUGAAAAGUGACCACAAAGAAGUAACACAACUUGGUGAACAAUUCCAAACAGACUCAAGUAGAAAAGACGACUACAGUUUUGAUCUUGAAUCUUCAAAUAAUGAUUUUUUGUACAAUGCUUGUCAAACAUACAAAUCCUUAGAGGAAAAAAUGAAGGAAUGUAAUUACAGCAUUUCUAAGGAGGAUGUGUGCUCACAACCGGAUGGAACGAGAGCAGAGUCCAUGAAAAGUACUGUCAGCCUGUCACCACUCAGCAGCACAGAAGGGGAGUACACAGUCUCUUCAGGUAGUGUUUUACCUGCUCAAGAGGAUUGUACUAACAUCACCUGUGAAGAGAAAAGUACAUUAGGUGAAUCCUCAGAACAAAAUCUGAAAGAUACUGAGGUUCCCCAUAUGACCUUCCCAAGUAACUUGGAGUUCUCUGCAGACAACACAAGCGCAGGCAAUCCCAGGAAUGAUUUGUGGUGUUCAAACUGGCUGCAGGAUUUUGAUGUUUCGUUGGGUAAGACAAUAUACAUCAAUAAAACAACUGGGCUGAGCACCUACAGCACUCCUCCCGCUGAGGCAUUUCAAGCUGCCUGCAUUCAAGAUAUAACAACAAUGGCUGUGAAUGUUGUCACACAGAAUGGGUUUCAGUUCAGGUGCCAUCCCUUUAGAAGUGAGAUUGUGCUGCCCUUCCUUCCUAGACCUCGAAAAGAGAAGACUCUAGCAAGCCAGGAUCUGAGAGAUGCUGAAGGGGAGUCUCUCCAGUCGUUGCUUUCAGAAUGGGAUAAUCCUGUUUUUGUUCCUUGCCCAGAGGUUGCUGUUGAUGUGACCAGCAGUCAGGCUGACAAUCUGGCUGUGAAAAUUCACAAUAUCUUGUACCCUUAUCGUUUCACCAAAGAUAUGGUUCAUUCAAUGCAGGUUCUUCAGCAAGUGGACAAUAAAUUUAUCGCUUGUUUAAUCAACACUAGGAAUGAAAUGGAUAAAAAGACAGAUGGAAACCUCUUGAUUUUGGUGGACCAACAUGCAGCUCAUGAACGGAUCCGCUUGGAGCAGCUUAUUGCAGAUUCCUAUGAUAAGGAAGCUGCAGCACGUGGCAAGAAGAAAUUACUGUCUUCUGCCAUUUCCCCCCCUUUGGAGAUUGAAGUUACAGAAGAACAAAGGAGAUUUCUACGAUGCUGCUACAAAAAUUUGGAGGACUUGGGUCUUGAAUUGUCAUUUCCUGAGAACAGCAGCAGCUUGAUUCUAGUGAGGAAAGUGCCGCUGUGUUCUACAGAAAGAGAUGCCAAUGAAUUACAAAGGAAAAGACAACCUGUCACUAAAAGCGUCAUUGAGGAGCUUAUUCAAGAACAAGUUGAGCUAGUGCAGACCACAGGAGCAGGAGCACGAGGGACACUGCCUUUGACAUUUCUGAAGAUGUUUGCUUCCCAGGCCUGUCAUGGAGCUAUUAAGUUUAAUGAACACUUGACUUUGGAGGAGAGCUGCAGACUUAUAAAAGCUUUGUCAUCUUGCCAGCUGCCCUUCCAGUGUGCUCAUGGAAGACCUUCCAUGAUGCCUCUUGCAGACAUAGACCAUCUACAGCAGGAAAAGCAGCCUAAACCAAAUUUGGCUAGACUGCGGAAGAUGGCACGCGCGUGGCACCUAUUUGGAAAAAAAAGACCCUAAUGAAAAACAAGUUAAGAUUGUAAGCUGCAACCACUAGACGCGUUGGUACAAUGCAAGUCCCCCUGUUGUUAGACAACGGUACCUUGUGUGGAGCCAAGUUUCUGAGCCAGUGCGGUCACUGAAGUUCUGCUCCAAGUAUUGACCCAAGGAGCAGAGUCCAGCCAGAAGAACAUGGCAGCAGGACCUCACCUUGUAGCCUGGAGAAGCGUCUUCAACAUUAAGGAAUUAUAUUGUGAGCCUGGGAUUUAAGUCAGUGCUUGACUGUGAGAGGCAAGAAGUUGUAGCCACUCAGUUACAAACCACUUUUUCUCUGCAAGCAGAGCAUGAUACUGCAUAAUAGAGAGGAGACGUGUAUUUUAUAGUGCUUUAAAGAUGGGGAUGUAUUUAUUAAUAAACACUAAACUCUUUCUUUGA